GAAAGAGGAAGUACAUAACUACAUGAUUUAACAAUUCAUAGGAAUUUGAGGAGAUAAAUAAUCAAUUUGCUGAAUUCAUACCAAAGCAAAGAAUGUUUCAAGCUCCAAAGUAUACACAAGCUGUGUCAGUGAGACUGUCAGAGGUUCUUGCUGAUAUAGGAGUGGAUGAGAGGAUUGUGCUGAAGCGCAGAAGAACAUGGCUGCUGGCAGAAUCUAUGCGUAAUAUAUCAGAACAAAAUCUUCAGGAUAAAAAUGGUUCCGAAUACAUAUUAGGAAGCCAGUCAGAAGGCACAACUACAUUGGGACUUUAUUCAGACAUUGAUCACCUUCUUUUGUGUUCUAGUAAGUUCAAUACGAUUCAAGACUUGAGCCACUGGCAACCUGGUGUAAUAAAUAAUCUGACGAUCCAGGAUGAGACUGUAUCACCUGGCUACUGUUUGCUACAGUGUCUGAGGGAAGAUGUUCCUCUUCCAUACAAUGAUGUACAUAAUAAACAUCAAUUCAGAGACAGGGCAGGGAGAAUACUAUUAAGGAAUAAAAUAAUGUCUGAUGCAGCUGAAACAGCAGUAAAACAUUUCUCAUUGGGGGGAGGAGUACAACAUGGUCCAGCACAUACACCAUCUAAACAACAUGGGGUUUUUGACACAGACUUAGUUGGUGCUUUCCUCUGUAAAUCAUGGCCUCUACAAGCCAGACAAUGGUUAAACCAGCAAGGUGUAGGUCAGUGGCCUUCAGAUGAUAUGAGAAGAUACUGUAGCAGAACCGGAUGUUUCGUUGUUGGAGUUGGAAAAAAAAACAGUGAAAAUGAGGAGUUUGAAUGGAGAAUAUCAACAUCUCUAGCAGAAAGGUGUCUAAUGUUUAAUCUCAAUAUCACACAGAUUAGGUGUUAUGUGUUAAUGAAGAUGAUAUUAAAAACUUACAUUAAGCCACACUAUGAAGAUGCCAUUUCUAGUUUCAUGUGUAAAACAGUUCUGUUCAAAGUAAUUGCACAAUUUAAUACACAUUCUAAUUUCUGGACAGAAAAUAAUUUGCUUGUUUGUCUAUCAAUGUGUCUAUUUGUCCUAUACAACUGUAUUUUGAAUCAAAACUGUCCACAUUUUAUCAUACCAGGAAAUAACUUGAUGAUCGGGCAUAUCAAUCAUGAAUCUAAACCUCACCUCCUUGAAAUACUGCUGUAUAUACUUCACAGCGAAGGAACAGCAUUGCUGAAGAUUGAGUGUGAUGAACUUGGUUCAAGGCUUCAGUUGAAGUUGAAUAAUUUAUGCCCACUCAAAGUAAGUGAUACUGUUUCUGGACACUUAUUAAAAGUAACUGCAUGUAAUAUUGAUAUUAGCUUAAAGUACUGUCUAUCUUUUAUUAGCAAUGUCAGUUAUGGAUUGGCUGUACUAACACUGCUGAAGUAUAUUUCCAAACUAGGCACUAUUUCUAAUCAAUGCAAAGGACUGGACAAAAAAGCUUGCAGCCUUCUUGCUCCAUAUUUCUGUACAACACUGGGAUCAAUCCUGGCAUCCUUAAGCAUUCAACAAUACAAUGAUAUAUCAGAAGAAGCUCUCAGCUGGAUCUCACUAGGUUUGAACACCAAUGUUUCAUCUGGAAAACUGAAGCUAGCAUCUGCGUUUUACUGUAUAGGUGACAGUAAGAGAACAGAAACUGUACUCAUGGAUAUUGAUGGAAGCUAUGAUCACAACGAUGUUGAGCCAAUUUGUACAUGCCACACUUACAUCUAUCGAGUUAGGAGAAGAGGAUUCGAUGCAAUUUCUGACAAUCAUAAUGAAGAAGCUCUGCAGUACAGUACAGCCUUUUGUGUCGGAUUUCUGCCAUGUGAAAUUAACUGCAUUCCAACUGAACUACAGUAUGAACUGUUCAGAUCUACAGAAGAGGAUCUUACUUUCAGAGAAACACUUGACUACUGGAUGGACUGGGCAGUUGUUGAUUCUCUUCCUUUCUUGUAUUUUCUACAAUACAAGACCUACAGCUGUCUUGGGAGACAAGAUGACAAGCAAAAAGCACUUUCCAACCUUAUCAGGACCACUGGCCAGGAACCAAACCUUGGACACAGGGAAACAGCUCUAAAUCUUCUUGGACAAUGUAUGGAACACGAGAACCGAGCAGCAGAUGCUUUACAUUGUUAUUUGUUAUCCUUAAAUCUAAGGGAAAGAAACAAUGCUGCCAAGAUCCAUAUAUGUAGGCUUCUAUCCACUUUGGUAAAUGCAUGACCAUUCUCGUAACCAGUAACUCCUGUGCAGUGUCAUCAAAAUGAGAUUUUGGGGAUGAAGUCCAGUCACAAAAAUAAUUAUCAGUAUCAGAAAAGGCCCAUUCCAAUAGGCCCAAAUGGGUCUAAAAGGAUCACAGGAAAAAUGCCUUUACCUUCUUACCUUUUAAGUUUUAAUAUCUGACAAUUUGGACCUGGGAAAGAAAUUUUUCAAUUCUCUGUUGUUUCCCAUAUCCUAUUGUUAACUCAAGUUAUAAAUACACACCCUAAAAAAAAUCACUGAAUCGAACAAAAUAACUAAACCUUCUCUGGAAAAGUUAUUCAAAGGUUAAUUCAUUUUGAAUCUUCUGGAUACUGCUGUCCCAUUGGUUCUACUUUGCUGGUCUGUUUAUUCAAACUCAGCUGCUGCUAACACACUCAGAUUUGCAUACGAGCGACUGUCAAACAAUUCUAAGCUAGUAUGCCUACAACCAUGACUGCUUGGGGUCUUAUCGGAUAUGUCCAUCCAAUGCAGUUCAUCUGACUGCUUCUAUGGGUAAUCAUCACCUAGAUCAUGGUCACUGACCAUGACUGCCUUGGGCCUUUUGGAUACUGCUACCUGAUCACAUUCAGUUAACUUAACUACCCUGAUGGGUGCAAGCCCCAUCGCCUCAGUCAUGGUCGCCUUGGUCAAGGCUGCCGGCUUGCAGUGAUGGACUAUGCGAGCCUAUCUCCCUUUUGCCUAAAAUAUUUGUUAACUAUUAUUUUCAUGUUUGUAUUAUAAAUGGAUGUUACAAGU